AUGCUGGCUGAGCCAUCCGGGGCCCGCGGAUUCCUUCUCCUAGUCACUAAUGCCGACUGGGCCGCGCGCCGCAUUAACACACAAGUUUUUAACGCCUAUGCUUCUGCCGGUUACGCCAAUGUUGCAGACUUGAAGGCUCGUGUAAUUGAGUCAUGGAAGGCUAUCACGGAUUCCCUCGUGGAUCGCUAUGUGCACGUUCGCGGCGGUUGGCUCUGUGCACCCUUCCGCACGCUGCCGCCAUCCCGCCAGUCGGAAGACACCCAUCCAGAUCCAAGCACCAUGGAGAGUAUGGUGAGUGCGGCGAUGUGCAAUUUGUCGCACGUUCACUCGGAACUGGUUUUAGUGUUGGGUGUUCCAGUGGGUGGUAGUGCCACCAACAAUGCGUCUUCGAGGCUUGCCCAGUUCUGCGCUUCAUCUCCAACCUACCCGGAGGAGGUCGCCCUGCCCUCCUACUGUAGGAUGCAGCCCAUCCUACAGCUCAUUUGCGCCAAGCUGGCCGAUGCCGUUCAACAGAGAUGCAAGGUCAAUAAGUGGUUGCUCUCUUCUGCUUGCCACAUCCACUCUUACUGGACGCCUGUGCCACGCUCCCCCCCCGUUUUCCGCCUUGUCUGUAAAGAGAAGUCUGAAUGCCAGCUCAGCAUGUCAGAAGAUCGUUAUCAGGCGCGCAAAGACUUACUUGCCCUCUGGAUUCGUUUCCUUGUCCACCCAUAA